AAAGUCAUCCCUGCUUCUUCCUCGCUUCAGUCCGUCUUCACAGAGGCAGACAGAGGAGCCCAGGCUGUAAACCGAAACCACCGGAGCUUGCGUGCCGUGCGUGUUGCGCGUGCAGGCGGCGCGCUGACGUGAUAAAUUAGUCAAAUUAAAGCUGCCGGGAACCGGACGCUGCAGCGGAUCGGGACGCUUCGUGUCUCCUCCGCAGAGGACGCGGUGAGGAUAUUAAAAGGAGCCAGCUCUCACAGGCUGCUGCUGCUGCAGCGCCACAGAGGCGGCUCCGCUGCACGCUGGAAACCCAGAAUUCAAUUGGAGGAAACAGAAAGGUAGCCCCCUCUACUCCGCACCCCCCAUCCACUGCAGGAAACUGAGAGAGAGGAGGAAGCAGCAGCAGAAAGGAGGCAUGAGAGUCUUCACCCUAACUGCGCACUGAUGCACCGCGGCUGCAAAUGAGCAGAGACGACCAGGUCUGUUCCAGAACGGCGGCUGCGACGUUUUAAGGUGCGUUUUAAGGUGCUGCUCAUCCUCGUCACUGAUCCUCCAGAGAGCCCCGAGCUGACCUCACAACGUACAAGUGGGCGUGUGCAGGGCAGAGAUGUAAACACGAGCCGGGCUGGAUUUUAACGCACGCGCAACGUCCUCCUCCUCCUCCCGGGCCGUCCGAGAUGGAGACGGAGAGGGUCGAGUCGGAGCAAGAGGGAGAGGCGGAGCCGCCCAUGCACAGCGUGCACGGGACCAACCGCAUCAGGCCGUCCUCCUACAGGGCUCUGCGCAGCGCCGUGUCCACGCUGGCCCGCCUGGACGACUUCAGCUGUGAGAAGAUCGGAGCGGGGUUCUUCUCUGAGGUGUUCAAGGUGCAGCAUCGUGUAACAGGCCAGGUGAUGGCUCUGAAGAUGAACAUCUUGGCCAGUAACAGAGCCAACAUGCUCAGGGAGGUCCAGCUCAUGAACAGACUGUCACACCCCAACAUACUCAGGUUUAUAGGAGUGUGUGUCCAUGAGGGACAGCUCCACGCCCUCACAGAGUACAUCAACGGUGGUAACUUGGAGCAGCUGUUGAGCAGCGAUGUGUACCUGUCGUGGAGCGUCCGCCUCAGCCUGACUCUGGACAUCGCUCGAGGUCUGAAGUACCUGCACAGCAAAGGCAUCUUCCACCGGGACCUCACCUCCAAGAACUGCCUGGUGCGCUGGGAGGGCGGCAGGUGCUCAGCUGUAGUGGGAGACUUUGGCCUCGCAGAGAAGAUCCCAGAUUACAGUGAGGAUGAAGUCCAGGAGCCUCUGGCUGUCGUCGGCUCCCCCUACUGGAUGGCUCCAGAGGUACUCCGAGGAGAAGUGUACAACGAGAAGGUGGACGUGUUUGCAUACGGGAUUAUCUUGUGCGAGAUCAUUGCGAGGAUACAGGCCGACCCAGACUUCCUGCCACGCACUGAGGACUUUGGUCUGCAUGUUGUGGCUUUCCGGCUGAUGGUGGGGGACUGUCCACCCGACUUCCUGGAUUUGUCCGUCGCUUGCUGUAAUAUGAACGCGACGCUCCGUCCAUCGUUCUCUCUGAUCGUAGCAGAGCUGGAGAAGAGGAAAGCUGAGAGGAAGCAAAAGGACAAACCUCAGAUUAUCGAAGUUGCUUCUCCAGUUGUCGGCCCUCUUCGAAGGCAGUCCCUCGGCUUGAUGUCCGAUCCCCGUCUCUCCCGCAGCAAGUCCGACAUGCUGCAUCCUCCGGACACGCCAUCUUGUGUCACCUUGGCGCCUUCUGCUCGCGUCAACCCCUUCUCCCAGCGGGAGGACCUAAAGGGCGGGAAAAUCAAGCUGUUUGACACCCCCAGCAAGUCGGUCAUCUCCCUGACCUUCACGCUGCCUCCCCCGCCAGACUACAACGACGUUGCGGGCUCUGAGGACGACGACGACGUGCCCAGGAGGCACCGGCGCUGCCACUCGCUGCCUUGCACGCCGCCUCCGCACCUCACGUCGGCGCCGAACUCCGCGCUCACCGAGGAGGAGUCGGUGUCAGAGAUGGACAGCGGGAACCGAGCGUGUGAGGAGGACAGUUUGUUGGGAGGUGAAAAGGAGAAUCGUGUGGCGGGGGACUCGGGACUUCCGUUAUCUGUUGAGCCUCUGUCAAUGAACCUGCUGGACCAGGAGGAGCAGGAGGUGGAGGAGGAGCCCAUGGACUGCACCAGCUCCCCAGACUCGCAGGACAUCAGCUCCUCCUACUCCAAACAGCCGUCUCCUCCCUGUUGCUCCUCAACCCCGUUCCAACCUCCCAAGCCUCCCUUCACAAACGGCUGGGGGUCGGCUGUCUCUAAUGGACCCCCGUGCCUGCCGCCCCUCUCCAGUUUGGACAACCAGAACGUGGUCGUCAGUCGACCUCUGGGCUGGAGCGCUGCCCCCAACACCCCCACGACCAACAACAACGGCUAUCACACCCCUCCCAGCGACCCGGCAGGUUUGUCUCCCUUCGGCUCCGGCAGCGGGCACUCCCUGGACCAGGAGGAAGUGAUCUCCUGUCCCGGCUGCUGCCUGGCCAGCCUGCGCUUCCCCUCAGUGUGUCUCAGAGCCCCACCCCGCAGGAACCCCUAUAAGAACUUGAACGGGGACCACGCAGCCUCCCGUGGGCUGCUUUGCUCGGGGUCCAAGGUCCUGCCACCCUCCUCUGCCCCCACAACCACCAACACCAGCCUGGUGCCAGGACUCACCUUGCCAGGGGCGCAGACAUAAAACACACACUGGGGGUGUGUGUGGGGUGGGGGGCUCUGUACCUGAAGUUCUUCCCUGGAAAUUAAGCGGGUUUUCUUAGAUUUUGCACAGAUUUUAAUGCAGCAAUACUCGACUUAUUUUCCAGACACUUUUUUGGUACUCUGAGAUGUCUGCAUGGGGUCAUUAAAAUUCUGUCCAGACUUAAAAAUAAAAAAAAUAAAAAAAUGUAUAAAUAAAAAAAAAGGACUUUCUCCACACAUUUUGGACAAGAACUUUGCUGGUGUCGCCCUCUGCUGGACUGAGGGCGCACCAACUUGUGAUGUCAGCCAUGGACUAGGAUGAGGUCAGCUGGAUCCUGUAUAUUUACGGUUGUAAAGAUUCUUAUGACGGAUAAUAUUGAUAAAGCUAAUGAGGAAUGUUAAACUUAGUAUUAAUACUGUUGCAAUGAUUGUUUUCGUUUGUUUGGUGCUGCUUCUGAAUGAACAGGCAGUUUUGCUUUAAUGUCUUUAUCAGAGGUGUACGGUGCAUUACUGAGGACGUCUGCGAGUGUGAGUGGUUGGGUGUGUGUGUGUGUGUGUGUGUGUUCUGUACACCGUUCUUAUGACUAUUUUUGUUGCUGUAUGAUCUUUGUUGGCCCGUCUGGUUGGCCUGUUUAAGCACUUCAUCUGUAUUACUGUUAUUAAAGAAGCUGCUUAUUGUUAUAUUUAGGAAUGAAUGGUCAAAGACCUGCUUGAGAGAUGUACAGAUUCGUAUUAUUUAAAGAUGGCAUUGAAUAAAAAGAUAGA